CCGCAAAGUGAACUUGGAACUGAAUUUCAAGUGGCAGGUGAAAUGGAGGCUCUGCAAAGUGAACCUGAAACUGAACUUGUUGAGGAAACUCCACAAAGGGAAAUUGAGCUUGGAACUGAACUUCAAGUGACAGGUGAAAUGGAGGCUCUGCAAAGUGAACCUGAAGCUGAACUUGUCGAGGAAACUCCACAAAUGGAAAUUGAGCUUGGAACUGAACUUCAAGUGGCAGGUGAAAUAGAGGCUCCGCAAAGUGAACCUGAAACUGAACUUGUCGAGGAAACUCCACAAAUGGAAAUUGAGCUUGGAACUGAACUUCAAGUGGCAGGUGAAAUGGAGGCUCCGCAAACUGAACAUGAAUCUGAACUUGUCGAGGAAACUCCACAAAUUGAAAUUGAAGCUGCUGAUGGUGAUCCUACUAGAGAUGAAGAAGAGCUGCCGGCUUGGUAUCAAAUUUUUGACCUCAAUGUCGACGGAACUCGUGAGAGCUGUGAAGUGACUGAGAUUCCCGGUGAUCCUCCUGAAGAACAUGCUUCUGAUUCUCUGCCUGAUUUAGUUGGUCAGAUGAGUCAGCAAGCAUACUCUGAUCCUCCAGAUACUCAAGUUCAAGAUAAACGUGCAGAUGAAAACCAACAGUUCGAGGAUGAUCAGGUGCUUCUAAAUCAGGGUAUUGUCAUGCAUGAUUUGGAUAGGAACUACCAGAACAGCGAGCAGAUGCUUAUAAAUCAGAUAGCCGAUGAGCAUGGACAGGGUGAUCAACAGCAGGAGGGCGAGCAAAUGCUUUUAAACAAUGAGGAAACAAUGCUAAAGCAAGAUGGGGAGGAGCAGGUGGAGAAUGAGCAAUUCCUACCUGAUCGUGCUGCAGACGUUAAUCACCAGAUAAAGGAGGAACAAAUGCUUCUAGAUCAUGUUACAGUUGUGCAUGACUUGGAUCAUUGUGAUCUGAACGGUGAACAGAUGCUACUAACAGAUGAUUCAGUUAAUAAAUCUGCAGUUGAUGGGGGCCAGUUGAAGGAUGGGCAAAUGGACCGGGCUGCAAAGAGACAAGCUACACUUCGCAGCCUGGACAAUGGCCAAAUGAUGAUUCCUAUAAUUAAUUUGGAUGACGACGACGAUGAUGAUGAUUAUGCAGAGCAGCCUGGUACCAGAGAGUUCUUAGAACCCAAAAGUGAUGCCUUACACGUGGAUAAUUUUCUGCCAGAACGUAUGUGUUCUCAAGACGAGCAAGCCGCAAGCUUUCCUGACCAUCAGACUAACAUCCCAGCAUCUUCUUCAUCGGUUCCACCACAUUCCGGGAAUAGGUGGACUGGGAUGGGAGCUGUCAAUGCACAGGGAAUUCCCAGUGAUGAUGGCAUCCUAUAUGGUGGUGCGUUUGACAAGAUACCAUUAGAAGUGAUCAACGUGUGGGACCUGCCGUCAUCCGAGCUGGGGAAGUCCUGAUGAGCUAGCCAGCCAUGGUGUGUUGUAACUUGUGCUCCAGCUUACUGUCUGUCUGUCUGUCUGUUGUUAGUUAUCCUGGACCGUCGAAGGCCGGGCGCUGGAGCCGGUCGACCGGUCGCUGUUGGUCUGUACUAUGUGGUCUUAUGCUAGGUAGGCUAGUCUGGUUGUUAGAUCCCUAGUUGAGUUGAAAGAAGUCACAUUUCCUUGCUGGUCCAGGAAGAAGUGGCUGGUGGUGCCUCCUCUGGUACAGGGUAAGCAAACACUGCCCUGUAGCUUGUUGACAGCCAGCCGCUCCUCCUACAGUUUUGACUGCAAAAUGAUACCGAGUCCUGUUGGUCUAACCAACCGUUAUGUUC